AUGUUCACAAAAUUGAAUGUUUUAAUUACUUCUUUGGUUCACCUAAGGCUGGGUCAUAGAGCACUCUCCUCUAUAUUUCUUUCCUCUAUAUGUAAAUCACUCACUGCUCUAUAUUUCUUUCUCUCUCUCUUACUACUCAAUAUCUUCUCUCUGCAAUAUAAAUGUAUAUAUAUAUCUUGUGCUAUAUCUAUAUCUCUCUCUCUCAUUGCUCUAUAUUUCUCUCUCUCUCUCUCAUUGCUCUAUAUUUCUCUCUCUCUCUCUCAUUGCUCUAUAUUUCUCUCUCUCUCUCAUUGCUCUAUAUUUCUCUCUCUCUCUCAUUGCUCUAUAUUUCUCUCUCUCUCUCAUUGCUCUAUAUUUCUCUCUCUCUCUCUCAUUGCUCUAUCUCUCUCAUUGCUCUAUAUUUCUCUCUCUCUCAUUGCUCUAUAUUUCUCUCUCUCUCUCUCAUUGCUCUAUAUUUCUCUCUCUCUCUCAUUGCUCUAUAUUUCUCUCUCUCUCUCUCUCAUUGCUCUAUAUUUCUCUCUCUCUCUCUCAUUGCUCUAUAUUUCUCUCUCUCUCUCUCAUUGCUCUAUAUUUCUCUCUCUCUCUCUCAUUGCUCUAUAUUUCUCUCUCUCUCAUUGCUCUAUAUUUCUCUCUCUCUCUCAUUGCUCUAUAUUUCUCUCUCUCUCUCAUUGCUCUAUAUUUCUCUCUCUCUCUCAUUGCUCUAUAUUUCUCUCUCUCAUUGCUCUAUAUUUCUCUCUCUCUCUCAUUGCUCUAUAUUUCUCUCUCUCUCUAUAUUGCUCUAUAUUUCUCUCUCUCUCUCAUUGUUCUAUAUUUCUCUCUCUCUCUCAUUUCUCUCUAUUAUUUAUAUUUUCUCUCUCUCAUUGCUCUAUAUUUCUCUCUCUCUCUCAUUGCUCUAUAUUUCUCUCUCAUUGUUCUAUAUUUCUCUCUCAUUGUUCUAUAUUUCUCUCUCAUUGUUCUAUAUUUCUCUCUCAUUGUUCUAUAUUUCUCUCUCAUUGUUCUAUAUUUCUCUCUCAUUGUUCUAUAUUUCUCAUUGUUCUAUAUUUCUCUCUCAUUGCUCUCUCUCUCUCUCUCUCAUUGCUCUCUCUCUCUCUCAUUGCUCUCUCUCUCUCUCUUUGCUCUCUCUCUCUCUCAUUGCUCUCUCUUUCUCUCUCAUUGCUCUCUCUCUCUCUCUCUCUAUAUGUUCUCUAUCUCUCUAUAUAUAUGCCUUUAUAUGGAUUAUGUCCAACAAAGGAUGAACUUUACCUCGUAGUAUGUGAUACAUGUCACAAUGUCGUCAAACCACAAGCCUUCACUCGACAUUGCGAGAUACGUCAUGGAGAGAAAUAUCCCAAGAACUGUAUGCGAAUAUGUCCAUCAUCCAAGUUCCGCUCAAAAGCCAGUGUGAAGCAACUGCCAUCAUCCUUAUUAAGCACCGUCUCUCCACCUUACAACUCUAAAGUCAAUGCCUCCCCGAGCAAAGAGAAAAACCAUGCCAUGCCAGUGGUUAAAGUGGAACGAAUGCCGGAGAAACUCCCUGUCAAGAAGCCUUCUUCUUCUAACAGCAGCAGCAGCAACAACAACAACACUAAUAACAAUAAUAACAAUAGCAACAACAAUAAUCCUACAAACACAAAUCAGGGGAAUGCCAAAGCUAGCAUCACGAAUGGAACGUUAAAAGAUGCUGGUCCAAGUGCAUCUCCCAUUACUGCUCAGGCUGUUGCCUCUACUGCUACUACUACUCCCAGUAGUGACGGCCCAGCGCCAAAUUCCAUGCCUGGUACCAUGGCUUUUCCAAACUGUUGCAACAAAAUUGCUUGUCAUAAGCCACAGAAAAAAGAAAAAUUAUUACCUUGUAAAGAUCGUGAAUUUGAUGCUAACAAGCAUUGUGGUGUAAAAGUAACUCUUGAUAGCAAACCAUGCACGCGGUCUUUAACUUGUAAGACUCAUGCUUUAUCUUUACGGAGGGCCGUGGCUGGCCGUCGAAAACCUUUCGAUGAACUCCUCAAAGACCACCGAGCCGCCAAGGAGGCCAUCCAGAAGGAGAAGGUGCAUGCACAAAAUAUGGCUGCUGCCCAGAGGGUUGCUGCUCAGACAGCAGCUGCAACAACUGCACUGGCAGCACAUGCCCUGUCUGGAAGUUGUUCUGCAAAUAAUAGCAGUGGCACCAGCAGCAAUGCAACUCCCAGCACUAACACCACCACCACAAACAGUGGCAGUGGGACUGGUAGUGGACUGAACGCCAGCAGUGGUGUUGCUGCUGCUACCAGUGGUACCCAGGGUCUUAUCUCAUCACGUGGUGGAGGUGGCCCCACUAACUCCAGCAGUGGACACGGAGCUGGAGGUGGAGGAGGAGGGGGUGCUGGAGGAGGAGGAGGCAGUUUGAGCAGUGGUGGUGCCAUCACCUCACAGACAUCAAUAACAAAACAUUCUACAGCAGAAACAACAAAUGGUAAAGAUUCAGCAGCAUUACAACAUGGCAGCAAUAGCAACAGGUGGUCAGUGUCCGGAAUCAAACCGACAAAAAAUACUAAACCUAAUUUAUUACCGGAAAGCAGCCACCAUUUACAUCCAUCAACUGCUGGCCAUGUGAGGGAGGAAAAUCUCAGUUCUUCUGCCCCUGAAUGUUGCACACGGCUGUCAAGUGAAGAAGAGGGCGAUGAGGCACACAGUAGCAAAUCUGGAUCUAUUUAUUUGUCUCACCAUCCACGCCCAGCUGCAGUAAGUAGUUGUCCCCCUCCACUUUUUUCUUUCAUAUCAUCCUUGUUCUUUCUUUCUUUUUUUUUCUGCUUCUUGUCAUCAUACUUUUUCUCUCUUUCUUUUUUUCUCUCCUCCUUGUUGUCUUCGUUCUUUUUUCUCUCCUUCUCAUUAGCCUCGUUCUUUUUUCUCUCCUUCUCGUUCUUUUUGUUCCUCCUUUUUCUCCCCCUCUAUUUCCUUAUCUCAAAAUGUUCAUAA